UUGACAACCGGUCGGAAGCGAGAGGGAAGAAACUAUCGACUGCUAGAUUUGUUUCUGCUUUGUGCGUACAACUUAAGUUAUAUUAUAGGCCCUAUAUGCAACAGUAUCGAUUCAAGCAGAUUCACAUUGUUUAUUACUGAACAGUUAAAUAAACGUUUUGAAAAUGUCACAACCUGAGAGAUUUGCUUUCAUCGCUGAAUGGUAUGAUGAGAAUGCUGCCAUCAUACGAUCUUAUCAGCUUCUCUUCUAUACAUCGGACAACACAGUGGAAAUGUAUGACAUCAAGAACAGACGGAUAUUCCUGAAGCGUUCCAAGGUGGACAACGUGAGAUUUGAAGACCUGUAUAUCGGGGGCACCAUCAACGUUCACUCCAGACAGCUGAACCUGGUGGAGUAUGCAGAUGAAUUCACCAAGAAACAGCUCAGCUCAAAGAAGGAGAAAACUCUUGCAAUGAUCAAGCCAGAUGCUGUGUCUAAAUUUGGUGCCAUCAUUGAUAUGAUUUAUGCGGGUGGGUUUCUCAUCGCUAAUGCCAAGAUGACCCAGAUGACCCGGCAAGACGCGGAGGAGUUCUACCAGGAGCAUGUACAGAGGCCAUUCUUUGACAAACUGGUGCGGUUUAUGGCCAGCGGCCCCAUCGUGGUCAUGGAGCUGAUGGGAAACAACGCAGUCACAGAGUGGCGCAGGCUGCUUGGCCCGACGGACAGUAGCAUGGCACGCAGUGAGGCGCCAAACAGCGUCCGAGCCAAGUUUGGCACAGAUCAGACCAUGAAUGCGUGCCACGGUUCAGACGCAGUUCAGACUGGCCAGCGAGAAACAAAUUUCUUCUUUGGUGCCGAUAGGAAGUGGAAGAACACAGCUAAGCUCUCGGGCACUACGUGCUGUGUGAUCAAGCCCAGUGCCAUCUUGGAAGGUAAGGCAGGCAAGAUCAUGAUGGCCAUUGUGGAGGCGGGUUUUGAAGUCUCCGCCCUCCAGAUAUUCCACAUGGAGAAAGCCAACGCAGAGGAGUUUUUCGAGGUCUACAAGGGUGUCGUGAACGAAUAUGGCGACAUGGUGCAAGAGCUGUGUUCUGGCCCCUGCUUUGCACUGGAGAUCACUGGUAAAGGGGAGCAGACAGCUGAAGCUUUCCGUGAGUUCGUAGGUCCGGCCGAUCCUGAGAUUGCCCGUAACCUCAGGCCCAAGACCCUGCGAGCCAUCUUCGGCCACAAUAAAAUCAAGAAUGCCGUUCACUGCACCGACCUCCCGGAAGACUGCCCGCUAGAGGUGGCAUAUUUCUUCCAGAUAUUGGCCAACUAGGGCCUUCAUUUCGAACCCCAGACCUCUGCGGAGGGCAUACCAGAGGUUCGUCUCUCAUACUCCCUAGGCAUAACCUGUGCAGUCACUAGAACUUGAUUCUGCUAGCGUCCAAAAUGGCAGUGACAGAAGAGAGUGUGUGCAAAUAUGAUAUCUAAACAUCAGUUUUACUGGUUGGGUGUGAGUGGAGAAACUUCUCUGUGGCUGUCGAGAUGCUCCCUGAUAUGUCUGUGCGUGAUGUAGGUUUUCAAGGCAGGGGAAUGUCGUUUCUUCCUGUAUUCAGCCUGCUCGUCAGUGAUCAGUAUUUGGAAGUCAUCUUAUGUCAUAUGACCGGCGUUAAUUCUUCUUAGCAAAGCAGAAAUCAUUUUGUAGCCACAUGCGUCAUGGGUAACAAGUAUUAAGCUGGAAUUAAGCGUUGCAAGUUGAAAAAUAUUUCAUUAAAAAAAAAUUCCUCAGUUUCUAAACAUUUGCUUUUUGACAGAAUGGAAUGUCUAAAAAUGUCUGAAGUCAAAAUGCCUUCAUAGCGUCCAAAAAUAUCAGGGUCCUUCUGGCCAAGAACUUUCCACAGGCAUGGUAACAAAGUUCCAGAAGUCAAAAAUGUUCCAGUCAGCUGUCAGGGUAAUAUGCACCGACACCUUCGCAGAGGUGUAUUGCUGUAUUACCCGAGGCCAGGCACGUGUAUCAUGCCACAUAAUGUGAGUUUCAAAGUUGUAGCUGGCUCUGAGCUGUGAACAAGUGUUUGCUCUCCUUUUUCUCUGACCUGAAAUGUACAUGCAUAAGUUUUGGACAAGUACAAGAUGUGUUACCUAUUUAAUAUUGAAAAAAACUUUGUGAUCGAGUGUCUGUGUCCUGCCUCCCCGAUGCAGAAGUUAGGCCCCUCUACCCUCCUCCAAGUUAUGAUGUUGUCAUCUCUAGGUUGGAAUAAGCGUUAUUUAAGCAGUGAUUACAUCAAACCCAGUGAUAAGAAAGCUGUCAUCAGUCACAAACUUUUGAAAAUCUCUUUCAAUAGUGUACAGUUUUGCUUGGAAUCCCAAAUAUUCUUUCCUAUCUUCCAGCAAAAAAGUGUAAAUAAAGGUUUCUGGUUCUCUCUCUCCGGCAAUAAAAGCAUAUGUGAGAAAGAGUU